CCGGGAGCUGUAGUGCGGGCGGAGCCGGAGCGGGCGGCCGCCAUGGGCCCCGGAGUGGCGGCGGCCCCGGCCCCGGCCCCGGCCCCGGCCCUGGCCCUGCUGCUGGCGGCCGCCGCCCGCCCCGCCGCCGCCUGGGACCUGUGGGCGCUGCGCUGUGGCUUCGUGGCGGACUGCGAGUGCAGCUUCGGGCCCGACCUGCGCGGUCUGGAGUGUGACUUGGCCAUGAACCUGGUGGGGCAGCCCCUGGUGAGGCAGCAGGUGAUGAAGGGAGUGAGGGAGUUCCUAGAGAACCAGGAUCCAGCAAAACCCCUCGUGAUGUCCUUCCAUGGCUCAACGGGAACAGGCAAAACCUACGUGAGCUCCAUGCUCAUCCGCUACCUCUUCCAGGGUGGACUCCAGAGUCCCUACGUUCACCACUUCUCUCCGAUAGUGCACUUCCCCCACGCUGAGCGGAUAGAGCAGUACAAGGAAAGCCUGAAGCGCUGGAUCCAAGGGAACUUGACAAACUGUGGACGGUCGGCCUUUCUCUUUGACGAGAUGGACAAGAUGCACCCUGGCCUGAUUGACGUGAUCAUACCAUUCCUGGGACCCUCGUGGGUUGUGUAUGGGACCAACUACCGCAAAGCCAUCUUCAUCUUCAUAAGCAAUGCAGGAGGGGAGCAAAUCAACGAAAUGACGCUGGAUUUCUGGCGUGCCCACAAGGACCGGGAGGAGAUCAGCCUGCGUGACCUGGAGCCAGCCAUCUCCAAAGCUGUGUUUGAAAACCCACAGAGUGGAUUCUGGAAAUCUGGGAUCAUUAACGAACAUCUCAUUGAUUUUGUUGUGCCCUUCCUUCCACUGAAGCGCCACCACGUAAAGCAGUGCAUCGUCAGUGAACUUGUCCAGCAAGGCCUCGAAGUCCGUCCGGGUGUUGUCCAGGAGGUGGCUGACAGCAUCCCCUACUUCCCAGAAGAAGAGAAAAUAUUCUCAUCAACAGGCUGCAAAACAGUGACCUCUCGGAUCAGUUUUUUCUUCUAAUCACUGGCAAGGGCCUUGCUCGGAUCCAUAGGGGAUGUGUACGGAUCUGUAAAGUGGCAGAGCACAGGGCUGGCGGGACGAGCGGUGGGAGCUGCCCUCGUCUCUCCAGCCCCGGGGAGGCUGCUGCAGGAUGCAGCCACAGGACCAAGUGCAAGUGAUGUGAUUUAAAGCACUUUACUGAUUUCCCCUUGGCCAGGUGAGGGUGGAUGCGAUCAGCUGAAUGCACCACCCAAGACGUCUGUGACGACAAGGCAGGGAUGCUAAGAGGGACUGCAGCAGCAGGGAGGUUUCUCACACUGUCAGCAGCAUCCACCUGCAGCUCUCCCCUCUCCUGGCAGCUACUGAUAUCCAACACAUCAAGAUUCUGAGCUCACAUAAGAAUAUUUCUUUCCUACAGCAUUUUAACAGUUUUUUUAAACCUUUUCAAGCGUGGCUGUGCCUCAGCUCCUUGGUGCAAUGUGACAGUUCUGGUGCUGAUUCCUGCAGUGCUGCCCAGUGAACACUUUCAACAUUGCAGCAAAAUUUUCUUUCCAAAGAAGUCUUAGAGCCAACUUCUUUCACUGUGAAUAGGUGCUAUUAGGGACCAGCUUCCCCAACAGUAAGUGUGCAGGGUGGGGUAACAUGAGAGAUGGCAGCACCUGAUCUGCCAAGAGCCAGGUUCUUCCUACUACCCCCUUCUCCAUCUUUCUCCUACGGUCCAAAGGAUUUCCCUGCAACAAACCAGGAAAACAGCAACAAAGACUUCUCACUUGUUUUAGCAGCUAUGAAAAAUUUCAGUCCUACCUCCAAGGGAGCCCAUGGUGCCACUAACGGUUUUGAAAAUUCCUUUUAUUCAGUGAUUAUUUCUACAGCAGCCUGAGUUAGAGCUGUUGAGCCUCUCGUACAUCCUUCUGCUGGUCAGACCUUGCAGGCUUUGGCUGGGCCAGCAUCCAUUCUGCUUCUGGGGAGUGUCACUUAUGAUGGGGACCUGGGGACAAUACUUAGAGAAGAUCAGUGCUCCGCAUUGCCAAGCAUGGGGUGCACAGCACCACUGGCCUUUGUCCAGGUUUUAAUCUCUGUGCAGUCAGUUAUGGGAGAACAGAUCAGAGGAACAAGAAUCAUUUGCUCUCUAGGAGCAAACUGCCUGAGGGCUGGGCGCAGGGACAAUGCUCCCCUCGGGCCCUGUGCUGAAAUGAGCUGCCGGCGCUUGGGACCAUUCCAGCUCCAGGGCCAGAGCUUUGGGGACAGCGAUUUUAGACACUACCCAAACGCUGCCCAGGAGCUGGCUCACAGACAAACUCAAAAAUUCUCCCUCUUCUAAAAAUGUUAUGAAUUUCUAAUUUUAAAAUAAAUCUUUUAUGAAACAAA